GGCGGAGAAUUGUGGGAGCGGAAAGAUGACAUGUGUCCAUUUAGCGACCAUUAGGAAUUUCAGUCAGAUUCAAUAUUUUUGAUAGUUCAACAACAGCUGCUUAAAAAAGGAGACAAAUGACAUUUAUUUAAAAAAGACGAUGGAAUUCAAUCAAGCCCUCCUCCUAGUGUUUGUCGAGUUGUGUUUAUGGCAAAUGGCCCAGCAUCAGCGCUGCCAGAAGUCCCUGUCUGGGGAAUCCUUUGUUUUCUAUGAGGGUAUCCUGAAUCGCCAUGAGUCUGAAGGUGACGUCAAGGACACACUCAGAAACGAUCUGGCCAAGGCCACGGAUCUAAACAUCUCCGCCAUCGAAAAGUGCUUCAAAUUUAACAAACAGAUUGACAUCAAGGUUCUAUCUGACCUACAAAUAAAGACACUGGGCUGGACAAAUAUAGAGGAAGCCAUUAAAACAGCAAUGGAAAACCAGGGCGAUGCCAAUAAAGACCUUAACGUCAUCAUAGGGCCUUUCUACGUCAAUGUCGCCAUGAUAGCAGAGAGAAUGGGAAUACCUUACAUCAUCACCGACUACAAAGGAUUUGAUUGGAUUGACGUAAACCGCGUGAGAAACCACGUGACUUGGAAGACCAUGCUAGACUUGAAGCCUCCUUCCCACCAAGUUAACAUGGCGGUGGUGGAUAUGAUGAAGGCCUACGGUUGGAACUUAGCAAUUGUGGUCAAGCCGGACGACCAGACAUCAGACCAAGAAUGCAACGAUAUGCUGGCUCAGAUGAUGAAAAGGGAGAUCUCGCCGAUCGCCUACUCUCUGGACGUCACUUCUCGCGAGAAAAUGGAGGAGCAGACGUCAGAGCUCUUACGAACGGCUCAAUUGUUGAACAUCAGGACUGUUGUCGUCUGUAGCCCGAGGGACUACCGUCAACGCAUCAUAGAAACCGUUCUGAACACGUCGAGAACGUUUGGCAUGAUGAGCGAUGAAACUAGGAAUUUUAUUCUACUUGAUACGGAUUUUUACUUACAAAGUUUGAAUGAGAGCAACAUUAUCCGCAAUAGAUACUUUAAUGCCGACAGUCAGCUGCUAGCCUUUAGAUAUCUUGAUGAGGUAAAAGACUUAAAAUCGCCAACACAGGCCAUAGCUAAUGACGUUUCCCGCCUUAUUGUCGAAGCCAAGAAGAGGUACAUGGAGGCGGUGGGAAAAGUAGCCAAAAUUGAUGGCAAGAUGUUUCUGGAGAGUAUGAAGGAGGUGUCUUUCAUGGGAUCCACAGGAAGAAUUCAGUUCAAUGCCAGCUCUGGGGAACGUGUGAACUUUACCCUCCACUUGUAUCGGCAUGGCGGAGGACAGGACAUCAUCACCAGGAUCGGAGAAUGGUCCCCCGGCAAUGACCCAGAGUCGAGGUACCUACGCUUGAAUGCGUCAGAGCCCCAGACAAAGAAGUCCAAGAGUCUGUUUGACGGGGUACAGAGGGUGGCUAUGGUGCUGGAAGCGCCGUUUGUUAUGCUUAAAAAUGAGAAGCAGCUAACGGGAAACAACCGCUACGAAGGCUUCACCAUUGACUUGCUGAAGGUACUGUCCGAAAAAUCUGGGUUCGAAUACGAGAUUUACAUCGUGGACAAAUACGGGUCUCCGACGGGAGACGGAAAAUGGAAUGGCAUGGUGGGAGAGGUGCUGAGCGGGAAUGCCACGUUUGGUAUGGGGGCGAUAUCCAUUACGUCUGAGAGAGAAAAGGACGUGGACUUCACGCUCGGCGUCAUGACAACGGGGGUCAACCUCCUCAUAUCGAAACCCAAAAUAAUGGACUCCAUCUUUCAGUUCAUGGAGCCAUUCUCGCUGAACCUGUGGAUGGCGAUUGUUGGAGCGUCUGUUGGAGUCUCCAUCUUAUACUUCGUCCUUGAUUACCCCAGCGAGGAACGGAAGUUCUCUGCCAGGGAAACCUGGUGGUUCUCGGUCGGUACCCUCUUAAUGCGUGGGACUGACUUCGCACCCCGACCUUCCUCUCAGAGGAUCCUGACCGCUGGAUUCCUGUUCUUUGUUCUGAUCACAGUGUCUUCAUACACGGCCAACAUGGCUGCCUUCCUGACGACUAAUAAUCUGGAGAAACAGAUCCAGACGCUGGAGGAGCUGGUGGAGAGGUCGGACUUCCAGUGUGGGACGGUCAAAAACUCGGCCACUAUGAACUUCUUCAAGACCAGCUCCAAGCCCAUCUAUCGGAAAGUGUGGUCAAAGAUGAGUGAAGGGGGGCUAGUGAGUAGUUCACAGGAGGGACGCGAGAGGGUCAGAGCGGGGGGCUACGCCUUUAUUUUUGAUUACAUGAUUAACUCGUACUCAGAACUGACUUCGUGUGAAACUAAAAUGGUUGGGACUCCAUUUCGACUUCAGGAGCACGGCAUUGCGAUGAAGCAGGGGGCGUCAAUCAAAUCCAUCCUCAAUAUUAACCUGCUCAAGAUCAAGGAGUCGCCUAUCAUGACACAACUUCACACCAAGUGGUGGGAAAACAAGCGGAAGUGUGACUUCAUAGAAAGCCAGCCCACCGUGGAGUUCGGGAUCAAACACAUGGCGGGCGUGUUUAUCGUGGGGGCGGGCGGGCUGGUGUGUGCCAUUCUUUUCUUCCUCUCCAAGAAAUGGUUCGUGGCGGUCAGGACCAAGGAAAAGAGCGCCGAGUCAGAUACAGGACUGGAGGAAACCUUGUAUACUACGGACAAGACAAUGAGCAAGGAAGACAUAGCCAACGCCGUCAAAGUCUAGCUCAUCCAGUCUCAGACCCCCACUACAGGGGAGAUGGGGGAGUCUGUUUAUUGCAUGUCAGCAGACAAUAGUCAAGUUAUUGUAAAUAGGAAAUGUAUAAUAUCACAUCUUAAUCAUCACCCAUACUCGUUCAUACGUUUGGGAUAUUUUUGUACAUGUAUUUUAAAGAACUACACAUACUUAUCAUAGAAACGUAAAUUGAGUUUAUUCGUAAAGUUUAAUAUAAUAUUUGUUUGUAUUCGCAAACCUUUAACUUUUUAAAAAUACUUAGUAAGGUUUAAAAAUCUUUAUUUGAAAGUAGAGCACAAAACUCAUCUUGUACGUUUAAAAUGUAUGAGAAGGAUUGAACUAUAUCUACAUGUACAAGCCCUGAGUUUGAUAUUCAUAUUCAUCUAACUUAUACGAAGUGCAUGUCUAGGGUCGGUUACUACAUGUAUGUAAAUAAAUACUGAAGGACAUAUUAAUAUUUGUAUAUAUUUACAAGGUGUCCAAUAAAAUAUACAAUU